AUGCGGCCACCGCGCGGCGGAGGAUUCAGGGGGAGGGGCGGCGGAGGAUUCGGCGGGCGCGGCGGGGGUUUCGGCGGAAGAGGCGGCGGGCGAGGCGGCUUUCAACGGGAUGAGGGGCCGCCGUCCCACGUUGUGGAGGUGUCGACGUUCAUGCACGCGUGCGAGGGCGAGGCGGUGACGCGGCUGACGGUGAGCGAGAAGGUGCCGUACUUCAACGCGCCCAUCUACCUCGAGAACAAGACGCAGAUCGGCAAGGUCGAGGAGAUCUUCGGCCCCAUCAACGAGCCGUAUUUUUCGAUAAAGAUGCAGGAGGGGGUGGUGGCGACGUCCUACUCGCCGGGGGACAAGUUCUUCAUCGACCCCAUGAAGCUGCUGCCGCUGCAGCGCUUCCUGCCGCAGCCCAAGGGUGCCAGCGCAGGGGGGAGAGGGGGCUUUGGAGGCAGGGGAGGCAGGGGGGGGCGUGGAGGGGGGCGAGGGGGAUUUAGGGGAGGGGGAAGGGGUGGAGGAGGUGGGUUCAGGGGUAGAGGGGGAGGGGGAGGGUUCCGGGGUGGUGGAGGGGGAUUCAGGGGAAGGGAAAUUAUUAAUGACGGGUAUAACGCGGCUCACGCCUCCACCCUUCCCCAAAGCUCACCACGGUGCACGUUGUCACGCGCGCCUGAACCCGUCCCACGCCACGCGCGCCUGAACCCGUCUCACGCCACGCGCGCGUUACGACUUUGGUGGUGCGGCUUAAUUCGUCUCAUCACGCGCAACGCCGUCCCGCCGGCCGCCAUGGACGCUCCCCCCUCCCCCUCCAACGCGUCCGUUCCGCGGUUCCUCUUCGUCUCCCCCUCCGCCUCCCACCGCGAUUACCCGCGCGGACCGCCUUCCCCGCCCUCCCCCUCCGCCGCUGCAGCCUUUCCGCGCUUCUCUCCUUCUCGCUUCUCCCCCUCCCGCUCCAUCGGUGCGCGCAGGUUGCGCUGUCUGUCCGCCCGGGGGAAUGGCGCGGGGGAAGAGGAGGACGCGGACGCAUAUGGGGGUAGCGACGAGUACGGGGACGAUGGCGGAAGCAUGGGGGGAGAGGAUGACUUGCGGAGAGACGGGGGAGUUGAGGAAUAUGCGGACUAUUAUGCAAGUGGGCGGGUUAAAUCGCACCCGUUAGAAUCACAUCGCAGGCCUAGGCAUUCCCCGGGCUUCAGUAUACCUUCCGCGCAGCAAGCGCGCAGCAGCAAAUCGGUAGGCGACACGUCAGCAGAACGGGAGGGCUCCGACGAAUAUAACCAGCCCACUCGAGGCGACGAUGAUCCCGAACGAGAAGCGGAGGCUCGGGAAGCAGCAGGGCUGGGUUUGGGGGAGGAGUGGCUGGGAUUGUCGGGACAUGCGGGAGGCGGCAGCGGGGGAGACGGAAGGGGGGGCGGCGGCAGCAGGGGAGGCGGAAGCGGGGAGGGCGGAAGCGGGGGAGGCGGAGGAGCGCGCGUGCCGCUGGAAGUGGCGUUGGAGUGCCGGUCGCUGGCGAACCAGCUUCUGCGCGCCGAUGAGGAGGGCCGCCUGCGCUGCAAGUGCGUUACGCGCGGGGUGGGGGGGAGGGGUGCAGGGGGGUGGCGGGGAGAGGGGUUGAGGGCUUUUAUUGGGAGUAGGUGUGAGGGGAGAAGGUGUAAGGGGAGAAGGUGUAAGGGGAGAAGGUGUGAGGGGAGAAGGUGUGAGGGGAGAAGGUGUGAGGGGAGAAGGUGUGAGGGGAGAAGGUGUAAGGGGAGAAGGUGUAAGGGGAGAUAG